UUUUAUACGAGCGGGUUUACUGGUUUUAGCGUUACUUAGUUUUUUGCUACGUUUGUACUAUCUCAGUUGUGGGAUUUUGUUUGGAUCGGUAAAGAACCAGUGUUUUUGUGAUAAACGGACCAAAUUUGUUAACAGAUUAUGAAUAAUUUCUAAAUAAUGGGAGAAUUCGAGACAAAUGUAUCUAAUCCGGAUAAAUUUGAAACCCUCUCCUUAAAUGAUCCACCUGAUUCAAAUGAAAUCCGUAAAACCUCUGUUCGCAUAAAAGAAGGAUUUUGCGAUGAUCAAGGAGAUUUAGGUCAGAAAGAGAUUGAAAUUAAAUCGGCUCUAGUGCAGCAAACUAAAGAUCUAUAUGAACAAUAUGCUCGGGAACAGUUUCCUAAAGAUUUAGAAAAACAAAAGGCAUUGGUAACCGAAAUGCAGGACCAAUAUUUUGAACACUACCUCUCCGAAGUGUAUAGGUUCCAACUUGUUCAUCAACAGCAGCAACUUGAACAAUUACGAGCGGUAAGAUCGGCCGUGAAAGAUUCUAACGAUGGGAAUUCUGAAUCUGAGAGAGAUUUUCUAGAACCAUUACCUCUCAUUCCUGCAACAAUAUGGACUCGUAAAGAUAUUGCAGAGUUCAAACGAGAAAUUCUCGAUGUACAGAAGGAAUGUUGUAUAAAGAUAAAUUCUUUAGCAACUGCAACAGUACGUGUUCCAACUCAUCCUAGUGGGAAAGCAAUAUGUUGGGAAUUUGCUACAGACAAUUAUGACUUAGGUUUUGGAUUGUAUUUUGAAUGGGAUUUGGAACCGCCUGAAAAUAUUUCUGUUAAUAUUUCGGAGUCAAGUGAUGAAGAAGGCGGUGAAGAUGAGGAUGAAGAAGGACCUAGUAAUGGGAAUUCUAUGGAACAAACGUCGCCUGAAAACGAAAAUAAGGAAUCUCAUGAUUUGGAAUUAGGCAAAAAGUCAUUACAACAGCGUUUACCUACUGACGAACUUAUACCAAUCUAUAGAAGGGAUUGUCAUACAGAAGUUUAUUGUGGUAGCCAUCAGUAUCCAGGUGUUGGUGUGUAUGUAUUCAAAUUCGACAAUUCAUUUUCUCUCUGGCGUUCUAAGUGGCUGUAUUACCGUAUUUUCUAUACUCACUGAGUAGCUUCACACAGCCACCGUUCGAAACAUUGAAAUUAUGUUGUUCACAUUCUCUACGUUACUUCCGAUUCAAAUUUACUGUGAACCAAUUUGGUUCUCCUUCCCAUUGUUUUAUUUUGACAUGUUGCAAAUUGCUUCUGAUCUCAGCAAAUAUAUAUAUAUAUAUAUAUAUAUAUAUAUAUA